UCUGGGCUCUCGUAAUCUUUGAAGGUUGAAGAUCGGCAGCCAUGUAUCUUCAGUUUUACAUUAAUGAUAAUGGUGAUAAAGUUUACACCACGAAGAAAGAAUCACCAGUUGGGUUGGCAACACAAUCUGCUCAUCCAGCUCGCUUCUCACCUGAUGACAAGUUUUCAAGGCAAAGAGUUCUUCUGAAGAAGCGUUUCGGGUUGCUGCCAACUCAGAAACCACCACCAAAAUACUGAGUGAUUACCAUGUUGACAACUGUAGUCU